CCUCCUGAAACCUCACAAUCACCAUGGGAUACUAUUCAAAACCGGAUCCAACAGGUUUAGCAAGAGAUUCUUAUUCAUUUUUUUGUGGGCCAGCUUUGACAUCAUUCAUCCAACGCAAUGUGAAUAAUACAGGUGUAUACAACGUUAUUCCUUUUAUCAUAUGGGACGGUAAUUGUGUUCUUGUUCCCUCAUUGUCUAACUCGUUUAUUUCUAUUUUCCUUAUCUGGGAGCCAAUUGAUGUCCUUAUUGUUCUCAAUUGGGACGCCACCUUCUCCCUUGUAUUUUGGCCAGAUGACUAUUGAUACAACAUAGCAUAAAUACUGGUCGUCCGAUCCUCGUUCAUAUACACCAAACUCAAUAACCGAAGAACUUCGCAUCGUACUCGAGUACCCCCUACUACCUUACGGCCUAUAUAGUAUCGCCAUUAAUCUGUUCACUACCUUUUUGUGCGCAAUGUCGAACAUCGCCAAACUCAUUACGAUAACUCCUUUGCACAAACCACCAGUCCCUCCAUCACCUAUUUACAAUGUCCCGCUAGCACCCCGCUAUAUUCCAGAGAGCCCCAUCCCCUCUGAUCUAUUGGAGAUCCUGUCGAAAAUUGAGCCUAAGAUGCCAGAAACCGAUGUUUGGACGCGUUUGUCGAGUCCAGAAGGCUACUUCGAUGAAAACGGGUACUAUUGUCCUCCUCUCGAUCCACCAAUGGACCCACAAGAGAUCAAAGAAUUCGCGGAAAAAUAUUUUAGCCCCGGAUGCGAGUCCUCUUUCACAGCGCCGGAGCUUGACCAAGCUACGUUUUUUCAUGAGCUAAUGAAUGGUUCGGAGACGAUUUCGCUCUCCGCGGAAGAUUCGUGUCCAAACAGUCCAGAGGAGCUUGAACGACUUUUGACGGAAUUGACAUCCGAAUGGCCCGCUGACCUGUUGGUCUCAGACACCGACGACGAAGCGACGGGUAACGAGCAAUCUAUACUCGCUACCCUAAAUGAGAUGAUGGAUACAUCGUCUUGAAGCUGAAAAGGACGUAAAUUAUGAACUAAAGUAUCGAGUAGGUCCCGCAUCUAUUUUACUUGACCACCUUCAUUGAUUUAAGUCAUCUAUGUAGUUGUUGUAGCAUUUGUUGUAUCUUUUUGCGUUUUCAAGUACAGUAUCUGUCAUUCGGAUCUCAUUGUAUAGCAGAUUGUUUGGAACCUCUCCCUGCAUUUGUAUUCUUGUGUUCCGCCUUCAUGUAUCCAUAUACUUUUCGCUCUCUGCAUUGCGUGCAGUGUUCUGCGUUUCGCCCCACUCUCACCAGAAACGAGCGAUCUAGCUAAGAGGUAGUUCGAAUAGAUUGUAACAGUAAACAUCGAUGGAUUGAGG